CACUAGUUUCUCAAGUCAGUGCAAUUUCGGUAGUUGAAAGCGUUGCGACUUUUUAUUAUAUUUAACUCAGAAAUUUUAAAAAUAUAGAGCCAGGAGCUCUUCAAUAAACAAUGGCCAGUGUGCAGUUAACUCUUGUGAUUUGUUGCUUUAUCGGAAGCGCUUUGGCGGUGCCACGCGGUUACCCAAAAGGAGGACCACCGGCACCGCCACCAAGACCACCAGCACCACCUAGUGGUGGCUAUUCAUAUCCGCCGCCAAGUGGUGGUGGUGGUGGUUUCGGCGGUGGCGGUGGAGGUGGUGCACCGGGUGCUGGUUCUGAGAUACCAAUCAUCAAAUUGGAAUCCAAAGUUAACGUUGAUGGUUCAUAUCAAUACGAAUACGAAACCGGUAACGGCAUUAAUGCACAGGAAUCGGGUUAUGUGAAAAACGCUGGGGAUCCUUGUAAUGCGAUUUUAACUGCUGAGGGUUCUUUCUCCUAUACUAGUCCAGAGGGUCAGUCAUUCCUUGUGACCUAUACGGCCGAUGAGAAUGGGUUUCAACCGCAAGGCGAUCAUUUGCCCACACCCCCACCGAUACCGCCAGAGAUACAAGAUGCAUUGGAUAAGAUUGCCGCUGGUGGCGGACAUCCUGGUGAUGGCGGCAAUGACGGUAGCGGUUGUCCUAACGGCGGCGGCGGCGGCUGUGAUUCUGGCUGCAAUGGCGGUGGUGGCGGAGCUGUGCCAAAUAAUGGUUAUCUUUAUUAGGGUGUGAAUUUUGUCUAAACAUAAAUAUACUUUUU